AUGUCUGUUGUAUCGCUUCUCGGAGUCAACGUGCUCAACAACCCUGCCAAAGCCACCGACAAGUACCAAUUCGAGAUCACAUUUGAGUGUCUCGAAAGUCUUACAAAAGAUCUUGAAUGGAAGCUCACCUACGUUGGAUCUGCCAACUCGACCGAACAUGAUCAGGAGCUCGAUUCGCUCCUUGUUGGCCCCAUCCCAGUUGGCGUCAACAAGUUCGUCUUUGAAGCCGAACCUCCCAAUUUCGCUAAGCUUCCAAGCUCUGAGAUUCUCGGGGUUACUGUUGUCCUCCUCACUUGUUCUUACGAUGGCCGCGAGUUCGUUCGUGUUGGAUACUAUGUCAGCAACGAAUACGACUCAGAGGAGUUGAUCAACGAGCCACCUAAGCAAGUUCAGAUCGACAGAAUCGUCAGGAAGCUUUUGGAAGAAAAGCCUAGGGUCACUAGAUUUGCCAUCAAGUGGGAUUCCGAAGACUCUGCCCCUCCAGAAUUCCCUCCAGACCAGCCCGAAGCUGAUGAAGCUGAGGACGAUGCCGAUACUUAUGGCGCUGAGGAAGACGAGGUCGAGGUUGAGGGCGAGGUUGGCGAAGCUGUCGACGAGAUGGACGUUGAGAUGGGCGGUGCCGAAGACACCGCCGGUCCCGUUGUCGCCGGAAAGGACAUCGACGAGAUCUCCGACGAUGGUUCUGAGGAUCUCGAGGCCGAGAGCAGCGGCGAGGAGGAUGAGGAGGAGGAGGGCGGUGAUGAAGAAGACGACGCCAUGGUCGACGACGCCCCUGCUGCUGGAAAGCCUGGCGAGGCUUCCGGAAGCCACCCCGCUGCAGCCGCGCAUGUUGCCGCUUAA